CACAAACCCGUUAAGAAAAUCAAUGGCUUACUUCAUCUUCAAGUUAAACAAUAUGAACACUUGACGAACACAAAGGAAAGCCACUCAAUCAUCUUCUUCUUCUCUUCAUUCUCUUGAAGAUGAGUUACCAAAAAGCCGCUCAUCAACCCUACCCUCCUUCAGGGUACUCACCACCUUACCCACCACCAGGGUACCCCCCAACAACACCACCGUACGGAGGGUACCCACCUCCUGGAGCACCACCACCAGGGUACCCUGGAUACCCACCACAGGGGCCACCUCGUGGGUACCAAGGGUAUUUCGCUGAAGGGUAUCCACCACCACCACCGCCUCCAGGUCCGCAACAGUACCAAGAGUGUUAUCACUAUGAACAUCAUCAUUACCAGGAGGAUGGUUGCUCUUCGUUUUUACGUGGUUGUUUGGCCGCGCUAUGUUGCUGUUGUGUGUUGGAGGAAUGCUGCUUCUAAAUUUAUACUGCUUCGUUGAGCUUCGAAUGAUGUGUUGAGCUUCGAAUGAUGUAUAUGGCUUCGCAUUCUUCUUAUCUAGAAUUGUAUGGAUUUCUAUGUACAUGUAAUUUAAUAGUGUCAUUUCCUCCAACUUGAAAACAGUUUAGAUAUGCCUCAAUGCUAUUGUCUCGCGCACCUUCUUGAUUUUAAUGUGGCUUCCUUGAUAAAUCUGGCAAAGCUUGUUUUUUAA